GCGGUUGUUGUUGCACGCCCGCCAAUCGUCCGUGAUGCUGCACGUGAGGCGCGUCGCGACAUCGAGCCUCCUCGCCGUGAGGCUGUUCGCCGUCCGGUCGGGCCGUCGCAACGUCGCCGUGCCGCCGCCGGCCGAUGGAAGAGCGUGUCGACGCGCGGUGGGCGACCGCGCCAUCAGUCGCGGCGAGGUGUCGCGCGAGGUCAUGCGCGACAAUUACCUGAGGAUGCUCGACAAGUGCAAGUCGAAGAAGCUCCCGCAGGACGUGAAUCCGAAGGGUGUCUUCGCGUGCAACGAGCUCGACUUGAAGGAGGUGCAGGUUUACGGAUUCGAUUAUGAUUACACGCUGGCGUGCUACAAGCCGUCCAUGGAUCACCUGCUUUACAGUCUGGGACGCGACAUGCUCAUUAAGAAGUACAAGUACCCGGAGGGAAUUGCCAAUCUGGAGUACAGGGAGAAUUUCGCCGUCCGCGGCCUCCAUUACGACAUCGAAAAGGGUCUCCUCCUGAAGCUCGACAGCUUCCUGCAAAUUCAAUUUGGCGCCGUUUACCGUGGCUUGCAUCAAGUGCCCGACGACGAGGUCUUGCGGGUCUACAAAAAUAGGAUAAUACCGAUAGCCUACGUCGAGGCGCCGCAUAAACAUUCCCACGACGCUCUGCAGAGCACGAAAAUGGUCCAAUUAGCCGACCUGUUUUCCGUGCCAGAAAUGGGUCUGUUGUGCAACGUCACGGAGUAUUUCCUGCAGAAUCACAUCGAUUAUCACCCGGAGAUACUGUUCCGAGACGUCAAGAAUUCCGUACAAAACUGCCAUCCUAUAAUGCACCAGUUGGUAGAGGAGAAUGUCUCGGAGUACUUGGAGCAGAAUAAGGAUCUGAGACGAUUCUUCGAGCGACUUCAAAAAGUGAAGAAGAACAUGUUUCUGGUGACGAACAGUCCUUUCCAUUUCGUUGACAAGGGUAUGGAAUUUCUGGUGGGACCCAACUGGAAGGACUACUUUGACGUGGUGAUUGUUCAAGCGAGGAAACCGAGAUUCUUCACCGAGGAGUCCCGUCCGUUGAGGAUCUACGAUGAGGUUAAGCAAACGCAACUCUGGGAUCGGGUCACCAAACUCAACAAAGGCGUCAUAUACCUCGAAGGAACGGUCAAACAAUUGCAAGACAUGACCGGAUGGCGGGGACACCAGGUAUUGUACUUCGGCGAUCAUCCGUACAGCGACCUGGCGGAUGUGACUUUGGAACACGGCUGGCGAACCGGGGCGAUAAUCAAGGAAUUGACGCACGAGAUCGAGACACUGAACGAUCCGAAGUUCAAGGAGAACGCGAACUGGCUUCAGAUGUUGACCGGCCUGAUAGAGGAACACCAGGAUUACGAGGGGCCGGAGGUGCAGGACGUGCUCGACGAGUGGAUGGACGAGCGGGACCAGCUGAGAAACGAGAUCAAAUCGGUCUUUAACAAACAGUUCGGCUCGGUAUUCAGAACGUACCACAACCCGACUUAUUUCUCCCGAAGACUGUUCAGAUUCGCCGACAUCUAUAUGAGCUCGAUCACGAAUCUGUUGGAAUACUCCACCAGUCACACCUUUUAUCCCAGGAGGGGCGUGAUGCCGCACGAGUACACUAGUUACUUUAUGUAAAACCACUACGCUAUUCCUACCCAGAUAGCACAGGAAUAUGAAUGAAUACUUGAUGAGUUAUCUCAUAUCCCGGGCUGAAAAAUAUCAAGAUGAAAAGUAAAAUAUCUCGAAAAGUGUUCACCCACCGAUGAUCUUACUCUAAUACUUUUAUACGCAGAACGAACAGAGGAAUUGAUCUGUGUUGAGAAAACUAUAUGAUUCUAUUAAAGAAAAAAGUGAAGUUGAUCUUCGUUUGACUUUGAUACCUCCACCCGAGGUCAAACCGAUAAGAUCGGAUAAAUAGAUCUUUUCAAACCCUAUAACUUUUAUCUGAAAACAGUUUUUUAUAAAACAUAUAUUUUUCAAGAUAUUUCGGGGUCCCGGAUUUUCCUCACCCUGUAUAUUUUUUUCACGUUUCAAUUUUUCUUAUUAUGAACGUACGAAUCUCUGCUUGCGAUGUUCUGCGUAUACUCAUGGAAUGUCCGAUUCGAAUAUUCUGGAAUUGAGAGCAUUCGUAUUUCAUAAGAAUAUUCAUAAAAUAUUUCGUGUUAUCUGGAUAGAGAUGAAUGACUUGUCGUCAUUGUUUGCGUAACUAGGCAAGGCGCUUUCAGAACGUACGAUUACGGCAACGGACUGACAGUAACAGUAUUUUUCCGAUCGUGAGUGAGGCCCAUAGGUAACGUGGAACAUCGCGGUGUGCCAUAAUGGCGUGGCUUUCUUGCACCAAGUCCCGCCUCAUUAUCAGGCGUUCACGCGUAAUCACAUGUAUAUGACAUGUAAAUCUAUAUCGAUUAAUGUUAAUGCGCUUUUACAGCCGUUACAGCGUAGUUACAGAUAAUUUGCAUUGAAAUGCAUGUAAACGCGAUAAAACGGGUCGGGCCGUAUGUAUCACGAAGGCUCUUACAUUAUUAUUACCAUGACAAUAGCCUUAUUAUGUAAAAUGAAGUGAUACAUCAUGUUGUAACAAGUAAAAUGCAUAGAAUAGGAAACCAGGUAAAAGUUCAACCGCUACGUACAAAGUAUUAUUGGGCUAGAUGAGACUCGUUAAAUAUUCAAAGAGAGAUUCUAGUUACUGGAGAGUUUAUUUUUAGUAAAUUAUAUACGCGGAGAAAAGAUAUGUAUAUAUAUAUAUACACAUAUCUACAUGUAAAGUGAGAUACAAAUUUCGGAAAGAAUGCCGAUCCGUAUCCGUGUUGGUGUUCAAUUAUUUUUGCAAAGCGAUUUACACUGGUAGCGCGCGUUGAUGCAUAAUAAAUUUGAAAUGUAGCCUCGUCAUUGUACUGCGUAUUUACUAUCACGUAAGCAAAUGCAAGCAUUUCGGCAUUAGCUCUUGAUCAAAAUUUACAUCGAAUUCGAUCGAGAAAUCAAACAGUUAUUUUGUUUCAUUUGCUACGCCAAUAUAUAUUUCUUUCUCGUUUCAUUCUCUUUACUGAAUCGCCAUUGAGUUAGUAUUAUCGCCACUUAUUUUUAAGAAGUGCAUGAGUGAAUUUUCAGUUAAAUGAGAUUAUAAAUACGUAAAAAUAAGAAGUUAUAUUAACUGUGGAGAGAGAUCUCUUGUAGUAUGUUCUUGAAAUUUAGUUCUUAGGGAAACUAAAUGUUCGAGAAUGUCAAACAUUUCAUUGAAAUAAGUACGGUGAUGAUUCCUGUAUGAGAGAUAUAUAUAUUUAUUUAGUCCAUAUUUGCAGAUGAAAUGUAUCAUGUUUAUUAAAUAUACCUUUAUUUUCCAUGCAACCAAUGAGACUCUGUAUUAAGACCGAGGAACCCCCAGAUUUUGUAUUAGGACCAAAGAGUACCUUGAAUCGCGUUUACUUGCUUUUAUACUCGAUAUAUUUCAAACAAUGCUUAUACGCAUGAAUUCACAGAAAACAAUCUUCACCAGCGAUAUUCAUGCGGUACAAUCUGUCUUUGUUUCGGGAUUUUGCGUGAUUUCAAAUUUUUACGCAUUUGACAAGGCGAAAGCUUAACAAUAUGUCUUGGAACUGGAUUAAACCGAAGGUUCAGCUGACAAUAUUUUGCACACGUCCAUCCUGUACAUUGCUGGCAAAUAUAUUGGUUAACGAGGAGAAAUAGGAAAAGAAAGCUCGAAGAUGCACAAUAAUAAGGUUCGUAUAGACACGGUUAAUAGUAAUUUUUCUAUAGUUUAAGUCGCUGUUAAUAAUAAUUCUUGUGCACUCCAACAUAUGUACAUAUAAAUCGGUCUACAUGAUAUCGUAAUUUUUGAAAAUUUAAUAUUACACUAAAAUAAACUAUUGAACGUGUUUCCUAAAAUGCCUAAAAUUAACGCGACAUAUUGCUACAUGAAUUAUCUUAGAUUAUCGUCCACUUCAUUUCUCGAUCGUCGAAAUUUCAUGUUUCAUGUGAAAUAAUGCAACGACGUGUACAAUUGCUGUUUCAGUAUAACACCGAUGUGACGAUAAAUAAGUCGAGCGCGUCCCAAGAUAUAUAUGCGUUUCAAAAAGAAGUCGCGCUCCAGAGACUAUCGACGUUAGCUCUUCAGCAAGCUCGUAAAAAUGUGAUCUUUGCCGAUGAUGCGUUGGCGGGCGAGAAUGCUAUCGAAGAAACAAGGAAGCAGUCCACCAAUACAUUUUUACAAAACUUGGAUAAAAUCUCCAAGAUGGAAAUUAUGAAUGAAACGGUAAAAUAAUCCAUUAUCAUGACCUGGGAAACAUUUGUCAUAUAUAAUUAAAUAUACAAUUAUAUAUAAAGUGGUAAUUUUACAUAUAUAUACAUGUGGACAUAUUUUUUAUAAAUAAUUAUAUAUGAAAAAUGUUUCCCCGCGGAGAGAUCCAACGAAAAUCAGAAAUAUAGUGUAUUAUUGGAACAAAACAAUAGUUAUCAGUGAUAAUUAAUAAGAGCAAACGCGCGUCUACAGGUUGAUGCCGAGUCUAAAAACACGGUAGAAGCAGAUUCCAGGUUCGAUUCUCUUUUAGAAAGAUCGAGAGGCGAGGGAUUUAUAAAAACGAACCCGCAUAGGAAUACAGUCACCGGUCGUAAAUCCAUUAUAUUUAUGCCGCCGGGCGUUCCAGCUGCGUUGAACGCAGCUACGCAAGACGCACAGCAUAAGGUGACGGGAGUAUAAAAUCACAUCGGGCGGAGCGAGGAGACGCGUAAUAAUACUCAGUUGUCGGCCGAACGAAAUGGGUACUCUUAUCCCGAGAAAGGCACGUUUUUAAGACAGGGAUAUUAUUGCCUCUACUGAAUACUCAUUUCUUUCAUAAAUCAAUGACUGAACGCGCCUCAGGCUAUUGUCUGAGGCUUCCUCAAGUUAUAGUGCGGUUAAUCGACUCUUGAAAAUCUUAAUAUUAAUUAAUUAUUACGUAAGGCCGGCAAAAAUCAUUUUUAUCAAGUAAUUCUACUCAGUCACACUCGAAUUUGGACAUUUCAAUAGCAAAGAAAUAUGCUUAGCCAAUUUAUCAUACAUUUUUUUCUUACGAUUCUUGCUGAUUUCUCAUCUCAAAAUUCAAAAUGCUUUUAAAACCUAACGCGAUGACGAACGAGCCGAAAGUAACAAGGUGGCGUCAAAUGACGUCUCUAACGCCGAUGUUUAUUUUUUUUCUUAAAACAUCAUUUAACGUCACCUUGCUAUUUGGGAACUUAGAUAGCGGCACUGUUUUUCAUGACCGAAAAUCUAAAAGAAACACCUACUCCGAUUGGAAUUACUUGACAAAAAUUUUCUCGUCAACCUGUGUUACUCUUCUAGAUGUGUGAUUUAGAAACGAGUUUUCUCUCUUCUUAAUCGCGCCACAGAGAGAGAGAAAGAGAGAGUGUAUCUAAUCUACGCAAUAUGGAGUUUCCGUGCGUGAUAGAGAUAGUAAUCCGUUAUUGUGAUAAUCCUCGCUUCGCCGAGAACGGUCCUUCCCUUAACUCUACAUUUACAUACAUACACAGGAUAUCUAUCUA